GGCGCGGUGACGUCACAGCGAAGUUGCCAUGGUGGGGCUGACCGGCCUGGCUGCGGCGCUGGAGUCGUACCGAGGCCGGGACCGUCUGAUCCGGACCCUGGGGUACUGCAGCCAGCUGGUUGGUGGGGUUCUGGUGGGAUACUGUCCGGCCAGGUCAGAAGUGGGGACGCGCCUGCUGGUACUGUCCUCCCAGUUCAGCCACUGUAGGACCAUCCUUCGGCUCUUCGAUGACCUGGCCAUGUUCGCAUGCACCACGCAGUAUGGCCUGGGGGCCAAGGAGGAAGACGUCUUGGUUCGCUGCUUAUCUGUCCUGGGUAACCUAGCCGACCAGCUGUACUACCCCUGCGAGCACAUCGCUUGGGCCGCUGACACCAAGAUACUCCCUGUGGACUCUGCUCGGUGGUGGGUGCUGAGCACCGCCUUCUGGGGCCUCUCCCUGCUGCUGGGGAUUGCCAGGUCCCUGUGGAUGGUCCUGAAGCUGAGACAGCGGCUGAGGAGCCCCACACUGGCCUUCAUCAGCCAGCUGCCCCGGAGCCAGCGGAGGGCCAUGCGGGCCCAGAUGCAGUCUGAACUGCUGACCAUCCUGAGCAACCUGGCUGACCUGGCCAAUGCCGUGCACUGGCUGCCCCCAGGCAUCCUGUGGGCAGGCCGCUUCCCCACAUGGCUGGUGGGCCUCCUGGGCACCAUCUCCUCCCUCCUCAGCGUGUACCAGGCCAUCCAGGCCAGUGGCUGGGCUGACCCCGCUACCUCCUGACAUGGCCCGGGGACUUGUGGACACAGCUGGAACCCCAAUGGAGGGGCCCUUCCCACAGAGCAAUCACCUGGGCUGGGGCUGAGUCUGUAACUGAGCAAAUCAAGGUCAGGUGUGGGGAGAUGCUGCCCAGAAAACAGGGAGCGGCCCUGGGGCACAUGCCCACAGUGGGGCAGGAUGUGGGCCAAAGGUGAGGUCCCUCAGGUGCUAGGGGCCUGGUCCUUUCCACCCAGGCCUGGCCUUUUGUGGAGGUGUGUCUCAGGGCCAGAGCAGAGGACCCCGGGGCUCCCACGCAGGGGAUAAGGCCACAGUGGGCCUCAGCAGAGCCUCACUUCCAUCCCUGCAUCCUGCAUUCAAAUAAAGACAAGCAGGGAACCAGGACCAAAAUGGGAA